GCGAAUGAUUUUGUGUCUAUUUGGAAUUUUAUUGGCUCUUUCUCUUCUGUCUUUGUUAGAUUACAGUGAAGAUUCGUGUGACUGUGACCAUGCGUGUGGUGAUUGUCUUCCUCUUGUCUGCCCUGCUUCCACCCUCUCUCUCCCAUCAACGGGACCCCUUAGCCUGGGUGUACACUCGACGGAGCCAAGGACACUAUUAUGGCUCCCUGCAGGCAGACACCGCUGGAGGGCCGUGUCCAGAUGAGUGUGACUGCCCCCCUACUUUCCCAAUUGCCAUGUACUGUGAUGGGCGGGGCCUGUCAACCAUGCCAACCAUUCCCUCCCGUGUGAAAUACGCGUACCUCCAAAACAAUGCCAUCACAGCUGUGCCUGACUCAGCUCUAGCCAAUGCAACCAAUCUGGUGUGGCUCAUGAUGCACCACAACCAGCUGACAUCUGACGCCAUUGGCAAAAAGGCAUUCCUGAAGUUGGGGGGACUGGAGCGUUUAUACCUACAACACAAUAACUUGACCAGCAUUCCUUCAAACCUCCCUCGCAGCCUGCGAGACCUGAGAAUAAACCAUAACAAGAUUGAAAAGGUUAUAGCUGCAGACCUGGAAGGAAUGGAUAACCUCACAAUCCUGUAUCUCAAUGACAAUGCUGUCACAGACAUGGGCACAUCACUGAAGGCACUAAAAUCCCUCACACUGUUGGACAUCAGCGGCAAUAAGUUGACAAAGGUCCCAGAGGCGCUCCCUGAACAUCUGCACCAACUCUACCUGGAGUCCAACUCCAUUGAUGCUCUACCAGAGAGCUUCCUGGGAGGUUUCACUCAGCUGCAGUACGUAAGGAUUGCCCACAACCAGCUCACAGACAAAGGCAUCCCUGCAAACACUUUUAAUGUGACCGGUCUGGUGGAGCUGGACCUCAGCUUCAAUAAACUGGAGAGAAUCCCCCCAGUGAGCACCACGCUACAGCAUCUCUAUCUACAGGCCAACCAGAUCAAGGAGUUCACUCUGGGUAGUUUCUGCACCUUUACGGAUGUGUCCAACUUCUCCAAACUGCGGACGCUGCGACUGGAUGGGAACGAGAUCAGUCUCCAGGACGUCCCUUCAGAGUCAUCCAUCUGCUUGCGCCUGGCUUCCACCAUCGAGAUCUAACUGUGUGUAGGAUACCACACCAACAGGAGCCAAACCCAAAGCACGGCUGGGGCGGUGAUAUGAUUUAAUAUUGACAGCAGGCGGCAGCAGUUUGUACUGCAAAAUCUACCAUCCCCAUCACAGUAAUUAUCAUAUGAGGAUGAUUACAUGGCAGUGGCUUAACGUUGCACCUUUCACUGCUCAAUCUCUGUGACAAAUAUAGACAAGUAAAGUGUUUAACAUUAUGAGAUUCUUUUCCAUAAAUACAGUGUAUAAGCCUAAUACGAUAUUGUAUGAGCCACAUAUGAUGGAGUUUUUUGCAUAUUGAAAAUAAUCCCACCCUACUUAUAUGAUGGUGUGAGGAUUAAUGAUCUUUGUAAUCAGCGUUUUAAGCUUCUUUAUUUUGUUUAUCUCUGUUGUCCUACAAAGCAUGCUUUCCACUGUUUAGUCAGAUAAGCUGAUGAUACACAUGUUAUGUAUGAUGUAUGACGUGAGGUGUUUAACUUCUCUGACCACCAUGUCCAAAAGUGAUAUCUUGUGCUGUGAUUGCUUGUUUCUAUGGCAGAUUGUCAUAUUUCUCAGUGAAAUCAACUUUCCUUAGAAACAUGGAUAGAACCCUUUGUACUGUGUGAACAAAUAUCUCCAUUCUGUACUGUAGCGAAUAACAUACCUUUGAGUGUAUGAAUUACAAGUCUUGAGUUACUGUAUGCAUUGCAUGGAUAGGUUAUGAUACUGACAAAGCUUUUAUGUUUACGAGCCUAUGGCAGAAGAAAUAAAA